GAUCUUUGUUCGGAGAACAUCAAGAGCAAAGAGUAUCCUGUAGUAUGCAGAGCAUGUAUUAUAAAUUUGAAUAAAAGGUGUUGCCAAUACCCCUGCCAUUAUGAUACAUUAGUUGAGUCUUUUAAUGAUAAUUAUCCCUAAGAGCAAAUGGAGCGCAUGUAGGAGUUACUGCAUUAUGAUCUGAUCGUGAAUUUGGCGUUUGCGGUGUUCAGUGGUGUUUUCUGUUUCGACACUAGUGCAACGCAUCUCCGUUUGCUCAGAGACGCAACAAGUUCUAACCAUUAUUUUAUUUUCACCUUCUUAUGGUGGUGGCAUGUACAUAGAACCAACUGUCAUUAUUGGUUUUUGCAAGCAUUGAGAGGUAAACGAAAUGUCCUUAAAAAGUUUGCUGCAAAAAUUUGUAGCUCAGAAGAAAGAUGAAUUUACCCCUGAAGAGAGAGAAGAAAAGGAAUCGAAAAUGUUCUUAGAAUUUUAUAAAAAAAGAAAAUCAUCUUUUAGUGAAGAGAAACAUAAGUCUUAUUCAGCAAUUCCAAGAUUUUUCUACAAGUUGCCAAAGCAAGAUGAUAUUUUGGCACAAAAACUACGUGAAGAAGCUCGAGCCAUGUUUCUACAGAAACGAGGAAGGCAAUUGCUAAACAACAACGAAUUAAAGGCUCUAUGGGUUUUGUUAGAAAAUCACCACAGUCCUCCUUUAACAGAAGAAGAUCAGUUUAUUAAUUACCACGACUUUUUGGAAGUUGCUUCACAAGGAGGACCAAAAUGCCAAUAUGGCACUGGAACACUUACUCGUGUUUUUAUGGAGCGAGUAUUCCAAGAAUGUCUUACUUAUGAUGGUGAAAUGGAUUACAAAACCUAUUUAGACUUUGUACUCGCCAUGGAAAAUAGGCAAGAACCACAGUCUUUACAGUAUUUAUUUCGCAUUUUGGAUAUUCAUGGAAAAGGGUUCUUGGAUACAUUUUGCCUGAACUAUUUUUUCAGG